CUGGUUUGCUUCUGAGAAACAGCAUCUCUCCUUUUCAGGGACCAGAGACUCAGAGAGGAGACAUUCUAAUGGAGUCCGCUUGAUACCCCAAAAUAAAAUAAUAAAUUUUGGCUCUUGUCCCCUCCUCCCACUCCCACCCCCUCAACCCUGUGUGAGAUGUUGGAUUUCUUCUUCAUGAGACAUUGUUGAGAAGUCGCAGUGGUUGGAGAGGCGGAGGGGUAGACUACCUCUACUCCCCCCCCCCCCUUUUUUCUCUCUGGGAGGAGGAGGAGGGGAAGGGGGUUGCAGAGCAAGCGAUGGAUGAGGAAAACAUGACGAAAAGCGAGGAGCAGCAGCCUCUGAGUUUGCAAAAAGCCUUACAGCAGUGCGAACUGGUCCAAAACAUGAUAGACUUGAGCAUCUCCAACCUGGAAGGUCUUAGGACCAAAUGUGCUACCUCCAACGACCUCACACAAAAAGAAAUCCGGACCCUGGAGGUAGGUGUUGCCUACAGAAAAAAAAAAAAAAAAAAAGCAAUCCUUCUUUCCCCCUCCUUUCUCCCCACGGUCCCCUUUCCCUCUGACUCUGUUUAUUGGGGGCUGGGGGUGAUGGUGCGGGCAAGCAAGGUGGGCACGGUUUGCUUUUCUGUGAUUUCUCUCCUUGCACAGCCUGCAUUGGAUAUCCUUUUACUGUGCUGCUGUCGUCUGCGCUUGGCUGGGUGGUGCUGGGCCGCUAAGCGCCAGGGAUGUUAUGACAAUGGUCGCCCUGGCAACGGCGGGAAGGCGUUGGGGCUGCCGGCUGUGGCUGCCGCGAUUUCAUUACCCGCAUGGGAGCAAAGCUUGGUGGAAGUAUUCAGGGCCGGGCAGCUGGUUCCUGCAAAAGAGGGUGGCCUUGCAGGAGCGAACGCGGAGCGGGCGAUGGCUUCCCCCGUUACGCACUGGUUUCCCGGAUCGUCGGAUUGUGCGCAAGGGAAGUUCGGAGUGGCUGGGGGCCCCUGUGUCCUGGCCCCUCGCGAUGGCAGCAGCUACCCCUGGGGUUUCCUGAAGACCAGUGUGAGGCCUGGACUCUGCAGCCGGAGAAGAAAGGAAGCAGAGUGGGGCCCAGCCAUCAGCGCACCUGCCUUUUCCUGUGCUUGCUCUGAGUGUGUGCUGGGAUUUCAGAUGAGUCCCUGCAGAGCAGGAGGCACUGGGAGCCAUGAAAUCUCCCCGGGCCAGCUGAGCCUGGAGGACCUCUUGGAGAUGACGGAUGAACAGGUGUGCGAGACUGUGGAGAAAUACGGAGCCAACCGGGAGGAGUGUGCCCGCCUCAAUGCCUCCCUCUCCUGCCUCAGGAAUGUCCACAUGUCAGGAGGCAACCUUUCCAAACAAGACUGGACCAUCCAGUGGCCCACGACAGAGACGGGGAAGGAGAACAAUCCCGUGUGCCCCCCGGAGCCCACCCCGUGGAUCCGCACCCAUCUCUCCCAGAGCCCCAGGGUCCAGUCCAAGUGCGUCCAGCACUAUUGUCACACCAGCCCCACUCCCGGGGCCCCUGUGUACACUCACGUGGACAGGCUUACCGUGGACCCCUACCCGGGCUUGUGCCCGCCCCCGCCCCUGGAGUCGGGCCACCGUUCCCUGCCCCCAUCGCCCCGGCAGCGGCACGCGGUCCGCACCCCGCCGCGCACCCCCAACAUCGUCACCACCGUGACCCCGCCGGGCACGCCGCCCAUGAGGAAGAAGAACAAGCUGAAGCCCCCGGGGACCCCACCACCCUCCUCCCGAAAGCUGAUACACUUGAUCCCGGGGUUCACCGCGCUGCAUCGGAGCAAAUCCCACGAGUUCCAGCUGGGGCACCGCGUGGACGAGGCCCACACGCCCAAAGCCAAGAAGAAGAGCAAACCCUUGAACCUCAAGAUCCACAGCAGCGUAGGCAGCUGCGAGAACAUCCCCUCUCAGCAGCGCUCCCCGCUGCUGUCCGAGCGCUCCCUCCGCUCCUUCUUUGUGGGACACGCACCUUUCCUGCCUUCCACCCCUCCUGUGCACACCGAGGCCAACUUCUCUGCAAACACACUGUCUGUGCCACGUUGGUCCCCGCAGAUCCCUCGCAGAGAUCUCGGCAACUCCAUCAAGCACAGGUUUUCCACCAAGUACUGGAUGUCUCAGACAUGCACAGUCUGUGGGAAAGGGAUGCUUUUUGGCCUCAAGUGUAAAAACUGCAAGUUAAAGUGCCACAACAAAUGCACCAAAGAAGCCCCACCCUGUCAUCUUCUGAUCAUCCACCGAGGAGAUCCAGCAAGGUUAGUCCGGACAGAGUCCGUUCCAUGUGACAUCAACAACCCUCUACGGAAGCCACCUCGGUAUUCAGACCUGCACAUCAGUCAGACGCUCCCCAAAACCAACAAAAUCAACAAGGACCACAUCCCUGUCCCUUACCAGCCAGACUCCAGCAGCAACCCCUCCUCCACGACGUCCUCCACGCCCUCCUCGCCAGCACCCCCUCUCCCUCCUAGUGCCACGCCGCCUUCUCCCCUACACCCUUCCCCGCAGUGCACACGGCAGCAGAAGAACUUCAACCUGCCAGCAUCCCACUACUACAAAUACAAGCAGCAGUUCAUCUUCCCAGAUGUGGUGCCGGUGCCGGAGACGCCGACCCGGGCGCCCCAGGUCAUCCUGCAUCCGGUGACCUCGAAUCCAAUCUUGGAAGGAAAUCCAUUACUUCAAAUUGAAGUGGAGCCAACGUCGGAGAAUGAAGAGGUCCACGAUGAGGCCGAGGAGUCAGAGGAUGACUUCGAGGAGAUGAAUCUGUCCCUCCUCUCGGCCCGGAGCUUCCCACGCAAGGCCAGCCAGACCAGCAUCUUCCUUCAGGAGUGGGACAUCCCCUUUGAGCAGCUGGAGAUCGGUGAACUCAUUGGAAAGGGCCGCUUUGGGCAAGUGUACCACGGCCGCUGGCAUGGCGAGGUGGCCAUCCGGCUGAUUGACAUUGAGAGGGACAACGAGGACCAGCUCAAGGCCUUCAAGCGGGAGGUGAUGGCCUACAGGCAAACGCGGCACGAGAACGUGGUGCUUUUCAUGGGCGCCUGCAUGAGCCCGCCUCACCUGGCCAUCAUCACCAGCCUCUGUAAGGGACGGACGCUCUAUUCUGUCGUGAGGGACGCCAAAAUCGUCUUGGAUGUCAACAAAACCAGGCAGAUUGCUCAAGAAAUUGUGAAGGGCAUGGGCUACCUCCAUGCCAAGGGAAUCCUGCACAAGGACCUCAAGUCAAAGAAUGUCUUCUACGACAAUGGCAAAGUGGUCAUCACGGACUUUGGACUCUUCAGCAUUUCUGGGGUGCUGCAGGCUGGCAGACGGGAGGACAAACUGCGCAUCCAGAAUGGCUGGCUGUGCCACCUGGCACCAGAGAUCAUCCGCCAGCUGUCCCCCGACACAGAGGAGGAUAAGCUCCCCUUCUCCAAGCACUCUGACGUCUUUGCCCUUGGCACAAUUUGGUAUGAACUCCACGCCAGGGAAUGGCCUUUCAAGACCCAACCGGCAGAGGCAAUAAUAUGGCAAAUGGGCACAGGCAUGAAACCCAACCUCAGCCAGAUUGGCAUGGGAAAAGAAAUCUCGGACAUUCUUCUCUUCUGCUGGGCCUUUGAACAAGAAGAGAGACCUACCUUCACCAAGCUCAUGGACAUGCUGGAGAAACUGCCAAAGCGAAACCGCCGCCUAUCUCACCCUGGACAUUUCUGGAAGUCUGCAGAGUAG